GUGAGUGACCAUUUGUUGAGACCGUCGGAGAAAGCGGUUACACGCCUACUCAGAAAAACAGAUCAUUCAUUAAUACUCUCCAGUCAGGUGUUACAUUAUUCUACCGUGGAUUAUUUAGCCUGUGAUCCCUCCGCAGGAGUCGGACGCCUCCUCAGUGGUUUUAGCGAAGGGAUGAAGUAGUUUCUGUGGCACCCUGAAAUCCGGAGCUCAUCGCCAACUACAGUAUGCGGUAUGCUGGGAACAUAUAUGACCAUUUCUGAGCUGAAGCACACUCAGCCGUAGUUUGCUACAGAAAUGGUAUCGCUGAGCAUUUUUCUACCUUUGGAUCUUUUUCAAUCCACCUGAUUUUAUGUGGUUUGGGCACAUUAGUAUGCAUGCUCAAGGCGCAACAUGUCUUUGUGCAUGAAUGCUGGGCAGUCAUAACUGAUUUGGGGAAAAACAAGGGAAACUCCCCCUCGGAAGACUUCUGAACAAUGACCGGACCUAGCGCCACCAGCAGCGGCUCAGCGGCCAAGAUCAGCAGGCACGGUCGGUCCAAAAGCACCAGUACCUACUGUCACACUACCGGUCCGGCUGCUGAAUCCUCCUCAUCCACUGCCGCAAACAACACCGGUAGGUCGUCCGGUGAGGAAGAUGAGAAAGACGGCGGGGUCCCGUUUUUCGUGAACAGGACGGGCUUUCCCAUAGACACUGUCACCUGGGAGAGAAUGUGGUCUCACGUCACCAAAGUUCAUCCUGAUGGACAGGAGAUGGUGGAUAGAAUACGAAAUGCAACACACCUCCCUAAACACCCUGUGCCAUCGGUUCCUAACUUUAAGCCAUCGAUGUCUGUGCCUGAUUGGCUCCAUGCCGUCCAGAACUACAUGAGAAACUUGCAAUACAACCAUACGGGAACGCAGUUCUUUGAGAUUAAGAAGACCAGACCUCUGAGUGGGUUGAUGGAGACCGCCAGAGAGAUGAUACGAGAAUCGCUUCCCAUCAAAUGCCUUGAAGCAGUUAUCCUUGGAAUCUACCUAACCAACGGUCUGACCUCCGUGGAACGGUUCCCUAUCAGCUUUAAGACCCAGUUCUCCGGCCAUCAUUUCCAUCACGUGGUGCUGGGUGUUUACUGUAACGGCCGAUAUGGCACUCUGGGUAUGAGUCGACGUGCUGACCUUAUGGACAGAUCUUUGAGUUUCCGUACGCUCAGCGAGUUGGUGUUCGACUUUGAAGACUCAUACCGCCGCUACCAGCACACCAUGAAGAAGAUCAAAAUUGGCCUGUAUGUGCCCCACAAUCCGCACGUUUUCCAGCCUAUUGAGUGGAACUAUCUGGUGAUCAACGCUUGCAAGCAGGGCCGUGAAGACAUGCGCAAAGAGCUGGAGAAGCACGGCCGUGACAUGAGGAUGAAGAUUCUCAAGUCAUCCAGUGCUCAGUCUCCAAUCAAAGAACGAACCCGAGGCAAGUCUUUAUCACCACGCCGCCGACCAGGCAGCAGUCCCCAAAGACGCCAACACGUCCACAGAAGAGACAAAUCGCCAGCAGCACUGGACCGAAAACCGGCAGAGCUCAGCACUCUCAAUGACGGCUACCAGAUCCGCAUCUGAGACACUAAACGUACCAGCUUUAUCCUCCACACGUCCUCCCUCAGUCAGAUCCACAGAUGAUGUUUUUAAACACUAUUUAAUGCACAUUGUCAACUGUACAGCAUAUUCAACAUAUUUAUAGUUGUACUUUCGUGUUAGAAGGAAAUUGGGUUAAAAACGAUUUAAAAAAAAUGUUUUUAACAGAAUAUGAUAUUCCUUUUCCAGCCAUAAUUUUUUAUAGUGGAAAGUUUAAGACCGAAGGAUAUCGACUUUGCUUUAAACUGUUUUUACCCCAGUAAUUGUCAAGCAUUUAAGAAGACAUUGUGAACUGACUGAAAUAUUUAAGCAAAUACGGAAAAUGUGGGGGGGAAAAGGCUCUAUUUUUGGACAGAAUCUCCACUAGUGGUGAGAGCUGGAGUUUGAGAUGAUUGUGCUUGGCGGAGAGACGUAAACCUCGGUGCCUCGUGCUGUGGUGAUGGUAGUUUUGGAGGCUGACUGACCCAGAGGAGAGACAAGCUUUUUGCCAGAGGCGCAGGGACACAAGGGACCUAAGCUUCAGAGAGCUACUCAUUCUGGCCACAAGAGCUGUACUCAAUCCACUUUACUUGGACGUGAUUUAUCAACUUUAAGGUUUGACGUUACCUUACAUUGAAGGCUUUGUACUGUUUUUGUUUUCUCAUAAAAUAUCAUGGGUGCAGUUGUAGAGAAAUAGUUUAAUUUUUUAAAGUAUUUAAACAUUUUUUUUCCUGUUUUUACUGUUUGUUUAACCAGUACAGUAUUUUGUGGUUUUAUGUACACUAGCGGUCAAGUUUUUGAAUAGUAAUAUUUUUAAUGUUUUCUUAAACAUUAGGUCUCUUCUGCUCACCAAGCCUGCAUUUAUUUGAUCUAAAUACAGCAAAAACUGUAAAAUUUUGAAAUAUUUUUACUAUUUAAAAUAACUAUUUUCUAUUUGAAUAUAUUUUAAAAUUUAUUUAUUUAUUGUAAUUUAUUUCUGUGAUCACAGCUACAUUUUCAGCAUCAUUACUCCAGUCUUCAGUCACAUGAUCUAUUACAAAUCUUUCUAAUAUGCCAAUUUGCUAUUCAAGAAGCAUUUUUAUUGUUAUCAAUAUUUAAAACAGUUGAGUUUUUUAGGAUUCUUUGACGAAUAGAACAAUGUGAAAAUCAGCAUUUAUCUGAAAUAAAAAGCUUUUGUAACAUUAUACACUAUAGCAUUCAAAAGCUUAGAGUUAGUAUCUUUAUUUUUUGAAAUUAUAGAAAUCAAUACUUUCAUUUAGCAAGGAUGCUUCAAAUUGAUCAAAAGUAAUGAUAAAGACAUUUAUAAUCUUACAGAAGCUUUUUAUUUAAAAUAAAUGCUGUUCUUCUGAACUUUCUAUUCAUCAAACCUUAAAAAAAUUUAAUAAUAAUAAUAAAUGUUUUUUUAUGCACCAAAUCAGAAUAUUAGAAUGAUUUCUGAAGGAUCACGUGACUGGAGUAAUGAUGCUAAAAAUUCAGUUUUGAAAUCACAGGAAUAAAUUACAUUUUAAAAUAUAUUUAAAUAAAAAACAGUUAUUGUAAAUAGUAAAUAUAUUUCAAAAUGUUACUGUUUUUGCUGUACUUCAAAUCAAAUAAAUGCAAGCAUGGUAAGCAGAAGAGACUUUAGAAAUCUUACUGUUCAAAAACUUUCGACUGGUAAUGUAUUUUUUGAAUUAUUUUAAACAAAAUCUCUCAGAGGUGUGGAAGUUGAUGUGCUAUUGACUGACCCAUCUGUUGCAAAUAUUCCUAAAUUUUCCACACAUUUUGCUUUCCAAACUUUGCUGUGAGCAAAUGCAAAAUGCAUUGAAAUAUCAUUUUUUAUAAUAUGAAGUGGGAGGAAAAAACUGUUAUCUCAAUGCUUUGGACAACGAAUGCAGUGUUUCUUCAGAGAAUGCAAAAAAGCAUUAAAAUGAGCUGUAUUCCUCCUGUCUCAUAUUACAAUGUCCCCUUAUAGGGAACACAAAAAUACUCUAAAUAUCAUCAACAGCAUAUCGCUUUGAAUUUUCUCACCUCAUGAGAUUAAGCUAUGCACACGGAGAAGGUCUGCGGAUCCGUCCUUUUUGACAGCAGACCUGUCUUUAAAAUUGUAGCAGUGACAUUGUUAGCAAUUCUUUUUGGCUUUUAUGAGCGGUUCCUCUCUGAACGAUGUUUAUAGGGUGCUGAUGACUAAACUACCACAUUAUAGCUCAUUCUGCCUUGUAAUUGGUACCAGCUUUCUAUCAAAAGCUACUGAACCACACAAGUGCCAGAUCAUUGAGUACGUCCAACUCAUCCUUAAGGCUGAGGGUUUCAUCCCAGUCACAUGAAGAUGAAAGAUCAUUUGAACGCACCUUGUUGAAUUGCUCAGACCCUUUAUGGGAGAAAAGCGGUCUGUGGCUAAUUUGGUGUGUGACGAACACCACAUUGUUACGGAUUUUAAUCAUUUACAACUUGUUUGGUAACUAACGUGUGAAAUUGUGAGUGAAACGUUUUAUGGAAGGCAAAAAACAAGUGUUAGUUUGAAAAUGGCUUUCUGGUUUUAAGGAAAUACAAUGAUCUCCCCUCAAAAGGUGCUAAGAUGAGACAUUUUACCAUUAUUAUAAAAUUCAAUAGGAUUUUUAUGAUUAAAGAGCACAUUAAACAUGUUUCUGUAGCACAAUUAUUAAGAACUGAACAAAUACAGGACAUUUACUGGUAAGCACUACCAAAAACAUUCAUGAGAUUAUAGAUGCUUUUGUGGAAUUUUAACCUUUCCAUGUCUUAAAUGCGCACUUGUCCGGAAAUACAAUCAAUUUUGAUGAAUAAUAGUCUAAAUAAAUGUUUUUCUUAGUAAGAAUGUUAAUGACGUGACUUUCUGUUAUGAAGACCUCAACUCAAACUUGUCCUCAGUUUUCAGUUCAUAUUUUUCAUAUUAUAAAUGUAUCGCCUAAAGGACUUUAUAAAAUUCAAUUAAUCCUCAACUGUUUUAUACACAUUUUCCAUACCUUUUACCACAGCUUGCACCAUCAAUCCUCCAUUCUAUCAUAAAUUUGUUUCUGGGUCGCCUCAGUUUUCUCAUGAUGAAACAUUAAUGUAAUUUGUUCAUCCCUCUGUAGCAUGUUUUAAUAAAAAAUGUUUUUCUGUAAGUCUGGACGUUCA